AUGCCAGAACUCACCGAAUUAGACAAAGCCACAGCAUCUAUGACUGAGAAGAGAAAGGAAGAAACCGCUUCAUCAGACAGUGAUUCAGAUGACACCAUCCCAGAAUUGGAAGAUGCUGGUGCACCAGGAGCUGGCGGUAUUACCAACCCAAUUGCUGGCAUUGACAUUGUUUCCAAAGCAAAACAGUCUCGUGGUGAGAAGAAAGCUAGAAAGAUUAUGAGCAAGCUUGGACUAAAACCUGUGCAAGGAGUGAACAGGGUCACAAUCAGGAAAUCAAAGAACAUCCUCUUUGUAAUUAAUUCACCAGAUGUAUACAAGAACCCCCAUUCCGACACUUACAUUGUGUUUGGUGAAGCCAAAAUUGAGGAUCUAUCACAACAGGCCACUAUGGCUGCCGCUGAACGGUUCAAGGCUCCAGAAAGUACAGCUGCCGGCAAUGACACGGCCACUGCAGGAACUACUGUAGCCCCAAUAGCAGAAGAAGAAGAUGAAGAGGGUGUGGAUGAGACUGGUGUUGAUGAAAAGGAUGUGGAAAUAGUGAUGUCCCAAGCAAAUGUCUCCAGAGCGAAGGCUGUGAAGGCGUUACUAAACAACAAAUCGGAUAUUGUUAAUGCUAUAAUGGAACUGACGAUGUAG